AUCGCUGACCAUGAGCAGCGCGACCUUGGUGACCCUUGACGCCCGCUCGGCGGAGGCCCUUCCCUUGCUGAGCGCCUUCUCCUUGGAGAAGCUACCGCUGCUCGCGCAGCGCCUCCUCCGCGCUCCUGCCGCCACAGCUUUCACCAAAGACGAAGAGCACCAGCUCGCUGAGAUUGGCGGCAUGACGCGUGAUCAAGUCGGUGCGUUCUUGGCGCUGUUGCAGUCGCUCUUCCAGGCCGCGGGGCGGCGACGGCUUGCUCCGCCUGCCUUUGCGCAGGAGCUGCAGCGCCUUUCGAUUGCAGCUGCAACGAGCGACGUCCUUGCAACCGUCUGGUCCCACGAGCAAGCAGCGUACGAAGCAACGCUAAUUGAAACGAGCUCGCACCUUGCCCCGACGCUGCUCGAGGCGCAGUGGCGGCUGCACGUCACCAUGGCCGACUCGACAUCCAAGGGCAUUGCGACGCCGAGCGCGCUCUUCCACAUGCAACAGAGCAACGGUGUCGCAUGGGACAUGGAAAUGGACCAUACCGAGCUCCAUGCGUUCCUCGUCCAGCUCGAUGCGAUCCAAGCCCAACUGGAUGCGCUCGCGGCCGCGCCCUAGCUUCUAUUGUCUUCUUAUACGAGAAACAUAUCGUCG